AUAUCUAGGUAGACUUGGUCUCGCGUGUGUGAGAGACCUCCAAGCCCCGUACUUCGCUUGCGCGAGAAUCGUAAAGCUCGUAAAUGUCGCGUAUACCGUACGUUUCUGCGUUUCAGUUCGAGCUGCGCCGCUGCAUCGUGCGGCACGGUUUUCCUCUUGAUAACGAGGCAUCGAUCAACGUUAAUAACGUCGCGAAUAAGGGAGGAAAAGUGUACCUCGGAACACUCUGUUUUAUUUUGUCAAAAGUGGAAAUAAAAUAGGAAGCAGAGUGUUAAAUAUAAUCUCCGAGAGUCAUCCAGUCUUCGCAGCCUUUUGUGUCGAAGUGAGAACUCCGUUAUUCGCUCGCGACGCGAGUGUACACACGUGGACGCGUGUCAGGUGUCUCAAUGGACGGAGUAUUUGUUAGUCGGCGUAUUACUUGAGGCCUAUUUUUUAAGGGUCGCUAAGACUGCAGAGAGGGUUGCGCGCGCGAUAAAAAAAAAAGAAUCGAUCGAUUGCCAUUGGAUCGCAUUGAAAAUCCUUCAAACUGGGCGACAGAAAGGGAAAGCAUCGAAGAGUGAGAAUGGCGGACGAAGAUCAGCAAAAUCAACGACCGGCCCCCAAAAACAAAAUCCUCAAUCACCUGCCGAUCGCCAUCAAAAUAAUUGAACUGAUUGUGGCCAUUUUUGCGAUCGGUCUGGCGGUCGAUCCGAUGAACUCGUUCCAGCGUACCUUCAACAGAUCGCGAUUCAAGCUCGACGAUGCCGCCACUAUUUACGUUACAGUCGCCGGCUAUAUCCUCAUCAAUGGGCUCUUCAUCAUCAGCCACAUGCUCGGCGAUCGCGUGCCAAAAAGAACGUUGAUAAUGUUCGCGUUCGUGGGCACGAUUAUGCACUUGGUCGCCGGAAGCCUCAUGGUCCACAAUUGGCGUCAGAUGAACGGUCCUUAUUAUUACGUGUACAACAAUGAGAUCCAUCCUAGCAAGCAAUACAUGGACAUGCUUAUAUCCGCAGCUGUAUUUACGUUCGUAAAUGCAGCCGUAUUUGUCGCGGAAAUUGUCGCCAUAAUAAGAUGUUUGUAAAUACCAUAUGUAAAAGAUCUGACAAUCCAAAGGAGUUGGAGGACUCGCCAAAGUUACGAAUAAUUCGCUUAAAAAAAAAAAAAAGAACGAUAGAUCUUAAAUUUCCUUUUUUAAAGUUCAUUACGAUUAACUUUAUCAAUUUUCCGAAAUUUACAUCACAAGAAAUGCUAAAUCAAUGUUAUUCUAUUGAAUAGGAAAAGUUCUUCAAACAAAUUUAAUUAACAAAUUUAAAACCAAAAAAAUAUUGCGUAUUAUCACAACUUUAACGGAUAUUAUGUGCUUUGAAGAAAAAUGAUAAUUUUUUUUAAAUAUUGAUUUUGUAAAUCACUCGACGAACAAGAUUGUAUUUUAAAAACGUAAUAGUAUUAUAUAUCGUCACCAUAGUAUAGUAUAUAAGCAGCAUCGUGUAUAUCGUUAUCAUUAGAAAAAUUAGAAUAUAAUAGAUUCGUAGAGAUAUAAUUAUGUAAGACAAAAGCAAACGCGAAAUAGCAACAGUUGCAUGUAAAAUCGCAAUUUGAAAAAAAAUUUAUUACCAUUCGGGCAAAGUAUUUAUUCGCGUGUGAAUCCGUCCAGUAAUUUUUGUAUUCAAAGAGCAUUUAUUUCUAGAAAGUAUUUAAUAAACAAAUCUUAUAUAAGAACUAUUGUCUCUCUUAAGCGAAAUAAAAAAGAUAUUUCUUCUCA